AGGAACCAAUAGUCCCAACCCAACAGAACUACACAGAAGAAAGGGUGAAUGUGCAGAAACAGAUUUGAAUGGACAAGGAGCUUGUGACAAUGAGGAAUCACAUGAUGCUUUUUGUGCUGUUUUUGUUGAUGACGAGUAAGGUGACCACUGCUGAUUUUGUGAACACUUCAACAACUAAUGGCCCUUCAACAACCCCUGCGACCACUUCAACAACUAAUGGCCCUUCAACAACCCCUGUGAACACUUCAACAACUGAUGGCCCUUCAACAACCCCUGGCCCACUCUAUCCAUUUGGGGCUGGAGACACAGUGAGCUCCCGAUCCGAUGAUGGAAGUUCCCCUCCUAUAACCCUGGAACAGCCAUUUGUUUAUUUUGGAAAACCGUAUCAACAGAUACACGUGAACCACAAUGGACAUCUGACCUUCAAUGCAGCAUUUGCCAGUUACACACCAUACCGAUUCCCUGCAUUUUCCUCAAGAGAUCUGAUUGCUCCAUUUUGGACCGAUUUGGACAACAGGCGGAAUGGUACCAUCUCUUACCGGCAGUACAGCAGUGGCAGUGUUCUUCAACAGGCCACACAAGAUAUUAAUCAGUACUUCCCAAAUCUGGGCUUCUCUGUUAAUUGGGUCUUCGUUGCUACCUGGGAUAAGGUUCCCUACUACAACACUUUUGGAACAGAAAUCACCUUCCAAGUGGUUCUGAUUGCUGGUGGCCAAUCCUCCUUCAUCCUGAUGAACUAUGGGGAGAUUGUACCAACAACUCAAAAUAUUCAGGCUGGCUAUGACACAGUCAACUCCAUCCACUACUUCUCGAUCCCGGGGUCAUUUCAAAGCAACGACACAACUUUCAGUUACACCAGCAAUGUCAAUGUCGCUGGUCGCUGGGCCUUCCAGACAAAUGCGACCACUUCAACAACUGAUGGCCCUUCAACAACACCUGCUUCUACAUCUGAUGAGCCUUUCGCAAUUGAUGACUUCUGCAUAGAUUCCAUUUUUUGUAAAGGACAGGGUUUGACUGGUUCCGUUUAUAUGCUGAGCACUUUGUUAAUUCUGGUGUUUCUUACCAUUUUAAAUAAUUGAUUCUUACUUUGUUGCAAUCAAGGGAGUGGUUUUAUUGGCAGCCGUAGUGCAUGUGCUAUUCGUUCGAGAGAUUUAUCUUUCAAAGUGAAGGCUGGAGUGCACUGGAAGAAUGAGAGUGGGGAAGGAGGGAGCCUAUUGUCUAAUAUUCUAAACAGUAUUGUAUGUGCAGUUGCGCCUUUGAGUUACUCCAGAUCCACUCCCAUUUUCCUUGGGCCCUUCUUCCUGGGUGUUUUAAUGGGCUUAGCUAUUGUAUUGAUUUAUUUGUGUAGAUGGAUAACUUGAAAUAUAUUUACCUAUUCAUUAAAGUGGCAAAUUCCAAUAGAAACAAUUUUUUUAUUUUUUAUUUCACCUUUAUUUAACCAGGUAGGCUAGUUGAGAACAAGUUCUCAUUUACAACUGCGACCUGGCCAAGAUAAAGCAUAGCAGUGUGAGCAUACAACAAAGAGUUACACAUGGAGUAAACAAUUAACAAGUCAAUAACAAUAGAAACAAAGUGAUCACUGUGCCACUUUUUGAUAAACGGUUGAGGAAUGGGGCUGGAGAAAUGUAACUCAAAUUCAUAGAUGGAUCUAUGGGUGCAAGGACUGACUGAUAACUAUGUUACUCUGUUGCCGGACAACGGUUGAUUCAAAGCAGGAGCAACACAGAUGUGCACUCCUGUCAUUUAGAUUGAGUUGUGUUGAUUUAGUUCUGAGAGUGUUGGAUGUUUUUAUUAUUUUGUAUCAUUGUUUUGGCCAAGCAGAGUGAUGGUAAUUACAUUAUGGUAAUUAUUGAGAUCUGGAUCUGCCCUGGGAAGGAAAAAGUUGGAAAUAUUCUUACUUAUGGGAGCAAUUGUUAACCAAUCUGAUGACAUACAUUUUCUA